GAUUAUCUUUACUUGUUUCAACAAAAUAAAAUAUUUAAAACUAUACUUAUCACAGAAACAACAAGGUUUCCGAUUGAAUAUUCUUGUAUUGAAACUUAGUUUGUAAUUUCUAGACCUUCGUCACGACUCACACGAAUCCCAGCUAAAUAGUUUUGUAUUGGUUGACCAACAAAAAAAAAUAUAAAGUGAACUAUCAAUGGGGUCUUUGUGUAUGAAUAUUAUUUUCUUCAACAGAAGUUUCAACUUAAUUUGGAAGAACAAUGCAUAAAGAAAUUUCUUGUCGAUUUUCCCUUAAUUUCUCCACGUUUUCCUGCCUCUUUUGAUCCUUAUAUUUUAUUCCACAAGUCGCAGAAUGUUGACGGUCGAAUACUUGGCUACAUGAUAAAUGGCUACCAAAAAUUAUUUUAAAUAAAUAAAUACUUUCGUAAUUUUACAAGCGUGGAUAUGUCAAACCAAACUGAAUAAUCAAAAUUUAUUGAACUCUUUUUUAUAAAAAAAAUUAUCAACUAAACAUAUGUAUAUGACAAAAAAACAUAUGUGAAACACCUUCUAACGAUUGAUCUUAAGAAUUGUCGCUGACCAUGAAUUCUCAGAUGCCUAAGAUUCGUAUCAUUAACGUUCAUUCCACAUUGUUAAGUCUAUACAAUGGUCCUUAAUUAGAACCCCCAGGAAUUAGUUAAGCUGUAUCUUUCCAUGUAACUUCAAUUAUAUUGUCUUUGACAAAAUCAGUUUCUUGUCAUAUUCCUGAAGUUUCUAUAUCAUUACUCUUCUCAUACACUACACGUACGUAUAUAAUAUGGCAUGGAAUCGUUCACACGGUGAGGUCUAAGUCGUCUAAUCAAUUAAACAUAUCGAUCAAGUUGUGCUUUUCACUUACGACUUUUCUAUAGUUAAUCAUCUAAACAAUGACCCCAAACUUCCAAUACUUUUGCUAUAUAUAGGACUUAAGCAUUCACUUUUUAUCAUAUCAUCAACAAAAAAUCAUACCCAACAAAAAAACAUUCACUCUCUAUCUUCAUAUCAAUUAGAGAGAACCAAAAAUGAAGCCAAUCUCCAACAACGACGAAACAUGGGAUGCGACGCUGAAGGAUUUAACGUCCAACGUGAAGGAGAUACAAGACAAUGUGUUGGAGGAGAUAAUCACACCUAACCUAAAAACAGAGUACCUCCAACGUUUUAACAUGGAUAGGUUCGAUAAAAAGCUCUUCAAGAAGAACGUACCGGUCGUGUCCUAUGAAGAUAUUAAGCCUGAUAUCGACCGUGUCGUUAAUGGAGAGUCGUCAGAUGUCAUAUCUGCUCGCCCUAUUACGGGUUUCUUGCUAAGUUCGGGAACUUCAGGAGGAGCACAAAAGAUGAUGCCAUGGAACAACAAGUACUUGGACAAUUUAACAUUUGCAUACGAUCUUCGUAUGCAUGUUAUAACCAAGCAUGUGAAAGGCUUGGAGGAAGGAAAAGGGAUGAUGUUUCUCUUCACUAAACAAGAAACCAAGACUCCUUCUGGCUUACUCGCUCGAGUCGCAACCAGCAGCUACUUCAAGAGCGACUAUUUCACGAACCGACCAUCCAACUGGUACUACUCGUACACAAGCCCAGAUGAAGUCAUCUUAUGUUCCAACAACACACAAAGUCUCUACUGCCAUUUGCUAUGCGGCUUGCUCCAACGCGACGAGGUUGUGAGAAUGGGUUCCAUCUUCGCUUCAGUCAUGGUCCGAGCAAUCAAGUUCCUCGAAACUUACUGGGAAGAGUUGUGUUCAAACAUCAGAUCAGGCCGUCUCAGCGAGUGGAUCACGGACCUCGGUUGUCGUAGUUCAGUGUCUUUGGUCCUUGGUGGACCACGUCCUGACUUGGCAGACACGAUUGAGACUAUCUGCAACCAGAGUUCUUGGAAAGGUAUAGUCACAAGAAUCUGGCCCAACACUAAGUAUAUUGAGACCGUUGUUACGGGUUCAAUGGGACAGUAUGUUCCCACGUUGAACUACUAUUGCAGCGACUUGCCUCUCGUGUCAACGACUUACGGCUCUUCGGAGACUACGUUCGGGAUCAAUGUAGAUCCUCUGUGCAAACCUGAAGAUGUUUCUUAUGCGUUCAUGCCUAACAUGUCUUACUUUGAGUUCAUAACGAUGGAUGGAGAGAAACGUGAUGUUGUCGACCUUCAUGAUGUGAAAAUUGGGUGCACUUAUGAACCUGUCGUCACAAACUUCGCCGGAUUGUAUAGAAUGAGAGUGGGAGAUGUUCUCUUGGUGACUGGUUUUUACAACAAUGCACCUCAGUUUAGGUUUGUAAGAAGAGAGAACGUCGUCUUGAGCAUCGAUUCAGACAAAACCAACGAGGAAGAUCUAUUUAAGGCAGUGAGUCAAGCUAAGCUUGUUCUUGAUUCGUCAGAUCUCUUUCUUGAAGACUUCACCAGCUAUGCGGACACCUCAACAUUUCCUGGUCAUUACGUGAUUUAUGUGGAAGUAAAGGCCAAAGGGGGGAACAAUCAUUUGGAACUCAAUGAAGAGGUGUUCUCCAAGUGUUGUUCAGUGAUGGAGGAUUCGCUUGACAAUGUUUACAAGAGAUGUAGGUUCAAAGAUGGAUCAGUGGGGCCUUUGGAGAUAAGAGUGGUGGAUAAAGGGACGUUUGAGUCUCUCAUGGACUUUUUUAUCAACCAAGGUGCUUCCACUGGUCAGUACAAGACUCCUAGAUGCAUUAAAUCAGGAAAGGCUUUAGAGCUCAUGGAGGAUCGUGUGGUUGCCAAAUUCUUUAGUUCUUGAAAUCAGGAUAGCAGCCAAUAAACAUACAUGUGCAUGUGCUGUGUAGAAAGCUUUCUGAAUUUUUUUGAUUAAUGCCUUAUUUGAAAUUCAUCUGUAAAAUUUGGAACACAAUAAUGCAAACUUUGACAAUUUCCAAGUCUA